UGCCCUUUUCCCCUGUUGGACCAAUUUGUCAAUUUUAAAUACCAAAAAGAACAAAUCCCGCAGCCUGUCCCUCCUUUUUGCCCUUUUCUUCUCUCUUUUUCUCUUCUUUCGAUUGAUGGAUCUCAGAGCGGCGAUGGACGGCUCCGGCGGGCGUUGGACGGAGGAGCGGCACUCCCGCUUCCUCAACAGGAUCGAAAGUACUUUCGUCCACCAAAUGCUCAACCUCCAUUCCGACGGCGGUAACUUUCACCGGUCCGCCUCGAGGUUCGACCGUCGUGUCCCCGAUAGACUCACCGGCUUCAAGUCUGAAAUUUCGCCGAUACGUUUACCGCAGACCCUGGCGGCGGAUCCAGAUCAAGGACAUGCAGCUUUUGUUGCGAGGGAGAACGGCUCUUACACCCGGAAGCAAUCACUUGGUCGAUAUGAUGCGUCGCUGGACCAGGUGGUGCCGGAGCUCGAAAACAAAUGUGAUGACCAGCACGCACACAAGGGAAAGUAAGAACAUGGGAGUAAUAAAGAGAAUAACGUGGAGCUUAUUUUCGUCUGUUGAUUGGUGAUUUUGACUAAUUAAAAAAUUUUAGAUUUGUAGUUUGCAUAUAUAGUGAUACAAUGUGCGUAUGAAUUUGACUUAAUGAUUUAAAUGUCCAAAAGAGAAUAAUAUUUCAGAUGCA